UUUCUCCUUUUUGUUUUUCAGGUUUGUCUCGUUUCGAACGCUCUCGCUCUCUCUUUUGACUGUGCUGAAGAUUCACCAAUCCUGCCAAGCAAUGGUGGGACAUAAGAAUUACAGUUCCUUGUUAUUUGCUUUGUUUCUUACUCUCUCCAUCCAAAUUUGCCGCAGCUAUAAUAGCGGAAAUUACAACAGCAGGCAGCUUCUAUCAUUGCACAAUCAUGAAGAAGCUAAAGAACUCAACAAAGACAGACUACUUACCAUGGAAAAAGCGCUCAAGUCUGGCAUCAUUGGAAGGAGUCUAACUACCAAACGCGGUUUCGGAGAUAAACGAGAUGGGAAUAUUCGACCCAUUUUAUUAGAAACUAGAGGAUUCGGUGACAAACGUUUAGCUGAAAUAAGCUACGAGAGAGAAGGAUCACCUGAAAUACAAGGAAUUGAACUCUUCGCUCGCGGAUUUGGAGAUAAAAGAGGGCUUGAUGAUAAUCAAUUACUGGAAAAAUCAAUUUUUUCUAACCCUGACUACCUUGAACUUUUAGACAGAAGUAUCGAUGACAAAAGGGGAUUUGGUGAUAAAAGGGGAUUUGGCGAUAAAAGAGGAUUUGGUGACAAACGAUUCAUGGUUGUUGGGAGAGGUUUUGGUGAUAAACGUGGAUUUGGAGAUAAACGUGGAUUUGGUGACAAGAGAGGCUUUGGUGAUAAACGUGGCUUUGGUGAUAAACGGGGUUUUGGAGACAAGCGUGGAUUUGGUGACAAAUAAAUUAGAUUGCUUUUCUGGACAGACAUUAAAAUUUUAACUUUUAGAUGUUUACUUUGAGGCAUAAAUGUAUGACUAUAUAUAAUUAUGUUUCUUACGAAAAAACUAAAACUAAAAAUAUAUGUCCAUGAAAAUAUAAACUGAACAAUAAAACAAAAGAAAAAUAAAUUUGAUACAACUGGACUUCAGUUCUCUUUUUUUAAAUAAGAAAAAGCAAUCCGCUGACUAUCUGCUAAGCAUUGGGUAGCAGUAGAAAAAGACCUAAAUAGAAUGGUUGCUUGCUUUAAAAAGGAGAUACGAAAAUAUCUACAUAAAAUGUAAGAUAUGUCACGAUCUCAGAAAUCUAAAGAAAAAAAGAUGCUUUUUUGUUUUUUUAUUGAUUAAAAAAAUUAUAAAAAUACA